CCCUUUGCGCCUUUCGCAGAGCACCAAGCCCUGCGCCCGCCAUAGCCAGACACACUCACUCGCCCCCAUUACGUAUGCGAGCAAUCGUCUCGUUGCUCCGCGCCUCUGCAACACUCAUCUGUCUGUCUGUCGCGGCGUUGAUUCCGCUCUGUUCGCUCCGUCUUUUCGCGCUCUCUGAAUCGAGCCCCCGAUCGCCGCGAACGGAUCUUGUCUCCCAUUUCGCGCCAUGCGUAAACCUCGUCUACCCUGUGGCAAGUCGUGGGAGGUCGUCGACGCUCGGACGGCGUGGAAUGAGCGCUGGUUUAGUUUUAGGCGGCUUUUGUAGUGUUCCCUCACGAUCCUGUAGGGUUUAUGGUUUGCGGCAGUUUGUCCAUGGUGUAAAUGUGCGCGCUCUGGAGGAAUUGGAGGAUGUGGACUGGCCGGUGGAUUGCGUUGAGGAUCGCCGUCGCUUGUUUGGAAACCCCAAAUUGCACCUCAUGGAAUUGUCAUUGGUAUCGAAGGCGAAAUCAGCAUUGCAGAAUGUAGCAGCAAAAGCGGAACGGGUUCUCACUGAAAUCAAGGCUGAUAUUAAAGCUGAUUUUGGUCGACCUCUCACUCUUGAUGGCAUUACCCGGCAUAGUGGUAAACACAAACAUGAUGCAGAGUUCCCUUGGAGUGCCAAGACUGAUAGUGAGAGACGGUACGAAGAUGAAUUCAAGAGACGUAUUCUUGAUCUGUCUAAGAAACCAGAAGAUUUCCUAGAGAGGCCAGAUAAUGAGCAUGAAUCUGUCGACAUGCGUACUGCAAUGACCUUGGUUGGAAAUGUUCUGGAGGUUGACAAGGUUUUGAAAGAUCUCUGGUUUCAAUACGUGCCAAAGAAAAUGAAGGAGCAGGAGUUUUGGCGCCGGUAUUUCAUUGCAGUCAAACGUAUUCGACAGGAUGUUAUCAAUUCAGAUUCUGACAACUCUGUUGGAAGGAGUUGGUCAAACAUUGAACGACGUCUAACUUUUGUUGGCAUAGGUAACGAGAGUCUCAGGAAGGAUCCAUUAGAAGAGGAGGCGUACAAAGAAGCAUUCUCCGUUAUUACUGUUCCUCCAUCCGUGAUUGUUCGCCGCCUUGCUGCCACCAUCGAGGUUGGCAGAGCAGUCAAGAGUAUGCAAGAAUUGGCAAGCCAAGGUGGAGGGCUACUAGAUAGAGACCUUUUAUCGAACAAUGGGGACUGGUCUGGAAUAGUGGCGAGCUUUGCUGUAAUGAAACGGUUAAGUGGCGGUCGUGACAAGGACAACAAACUGAGGUUUUCAAAAACAUCGAGUCUUGGGGAUUAUCAGACGUUGUUGUGGUCACUUUUUGAUGCAGAUACCCAACACGAAGAUCGGGAAGUUAGGAAGUUCGUGCUUGCCUCUGGCCCAAAGCUUCCGGAAGAGGUUCAUGGAGCGCCACCAGAUAGCUUUGUAGCACAGCUUGCUGAAAUCAUGGCUGGAAUCAAAACUGAGCAAGGCAUGGGUGAAUUCUGGCUUGAGGUGAUAAAAGAGUUGCGUCGCCGGUGGAAAGAGGGGCAACCGAUAUCGCGCAUGGCAAUUGAUGAAGUCCCUGAUCUGCGUUACUGUUUACUUCAUCAGCAAUUACAGUUGAUAAAUUGCUGCAUUGCAAGACGCAAAAGGCGUGUUGCAGAUCUAGCAUCUCUUGAAAUCCUGAAUUCAUGUGUAGCACAUGAAGAGAGCACUUCUCCACAAAGUGUUAGUAAGUGUAAGUUACCCCUAGAAAAUCUUAGCGGAACUCCUCCGGUGCUUCUCUAUGCCAAGUUAAAGACCGGGGAAAAGGUUCUUAGAUUGGGAGCUGACUACCCAGCUGCUGACCUUUUGAUGUUGGAGACUAGAGAACCAGUGUAUUCUCCCGUCCCUCAAGAAAACCCUAUCAUGACGGAAGAUGCUCUACGGGAAGCUGAGGAACUUAUUCUCCGCACUAGAAGUGUUGGUGCUGGAUGUUCACAGCUUCUAUCCGAUAUGCAAGCCUUCAAGGCCGCCAAUCCUGGAUGCAUACUAGAAGACUUUGUCCGCUGGUACUCUCCAUUGGAUUGGAGCGAAGAACCAGGGUCAGGUCUUCUGCUUGAAGGAAGCGAAGAAAUUGCUGGAAGAGUUGGAGCUGUUCGGGGUUAUCUCAGUGCACGGAUGCAGAGCCAAGGGAACUUAUGGCAAGAGCUGUGGUCGUCUUCAAGACCAGUGCCGGCCAUCAAGCAAUCCCCUUUGUUCGAUGAGGAGCUUGCUGGGGAAAGUACUCUCGAUGUACUUGAAGAUGUUGCUCCAUCAGACCUUUUUGAACAGCUCUUCCUGUCUGCGCUUAGCGCAGGUUUCGCUAUUGCAGAAGCUGCUCCUGUCGCUAAAACCGAGGUACUCGCAAGAUGUUUACGGGAAUGUUCGGAAUAUGUUGUGGCAACGUGUGGACGGGGGAUGAGCACUUCCAAGCUUGAUCGUCUCUGUGAGGUGUAUGAAGUGAUGGAGAGUGCAAUCCACUCACCGCCAUGUGAUGAACCUGUGGAGGCCCCUGCAAUAACUACCGCACCAAUAGGUACUGUUGUUAAGAGUGAUGACAAGUGUCAUCUACCAGAUCCAGUCCCCAUUAAGGAAGCUGAGAAUGUUUCAUUACGGAAGUCAAUCGAUCAGCCACAAGCCCAACAAUUCGUUAAAGCCGAUUUUGGACAUCUGUUCUCCCGAAUAUUUGAAGGCAAGUCAUCCAUAUUUGAGAAGAAGCAUUCAAGACCCUUCAUCGCCGACGAGAGGCCAACACCGACUGUUUCAGGGGAGUGGACCUUCGUGUAGCAACAAUAAAUCCCUAUUUAUAUUCGCACACGGACUCCACACAGCUUACACCGCUAACGUUUGUGACUGGAGCCAUUCAUUUUGUGAGAUUAAUAUCACAAGCAAGAGAUAGUGAAGAGCACUCAUGAGUUUUUGUGAUUAGAGAGAAUUGAGAGGUCAGUCGAAGGCUGCACAGAAGUUGAAAAAAUCGGCUGGAAACUUGGACCAUGUGGAAACGCUUAGUUUCUCAAGUCCUGCAGGUAUAUCAUUCUUCGUAUUUCAAGUGUAAAUAGCCUGAAUGUGAAUUGUGUAAUGUGAAGUUAAACCCCCCUACUGUUGAUACCUCAUGUCUACAUAAUGAUUCACUCGGUUAUGAAUCAUGCAAUUUGGAUGCAACACUCUGCUUUAAUUACAGCCUCUCAAUUUCUAA